ACCGGAUUACUACACCAUUGGUUUUGGAUUCACUUGUCAUGAGAUCAAAUGAUUCUGAGGCCAAGUUUUUGCGAAAGGAGGAUUUCUUGAAACACGAUCAUUGGGUUACACUAUACACACAUGGUAAGAUGUUUCCCCUUAUUGGAUUCACUCGCAGGGAGGGACUGGAUAUAUAUUAUGUGGCAUAUGUUGAUGGCAGUAAAGGGCGAAGGCCUGUAGGCUGUAGCGGUGGAAAUGGUGGGUGCCAUAUGGAGAUCCAAAUGAUUCACAUCGCAGAAAAAAUGAUGCGGGGGAAGAUGGCCUUGGACGGAAAGUUUGAAGCUGAAGUUAAACUAAUACUUGGCUUGGGUUCACUGCAACUUGGAGAAGUUAAAAAUAUGUUGCUGUGAUUGCACUUGGGCUGUGCGCACCAGUUCAUUAACAAUUUUUUUGUUGCUUGUAUGAAUAUGGCUGUUGAUUGCACUAGCUAAUGUCUUACCAUCAAGCGUUGUGCUUUUGGAUUGAUUGCUUUUGUUUUCUUGCUUUUGGACUGUAAGACAUUGUUACCAUUAUUUUGCAGCUGGUCCUGCUUAAUGAUUUCCUUCUGUGUUUAGAUAUGUGGUGCGGUUCUUGUGUCUGGCCAUGAUCAUGCUGAUUAAUUUGUUUGUGGUCCAGGUAAAGGAGAAAAUGAACUGCUUAUAGGACCUCCCUUUGAAAAUGAAUGGCCGAAGCUUAUCUCGCCUAAUCCUUCAACUAUGAUCGAUUUCAUAAUUCUAGACUCUCCGUGAAGUGGAAUUUUAAUCAUAAAUUAUAUAAUAUCGACUCCUUUUAAAAAUUACAUUUAAGUAUAUUUUAUAUUUGUGAGAUGUGUGUUUUCAAUCACUAACAAAAUUUUAU